AUGCUCGUGGGCAAGGUUCCAUACCUGUCGCAAAUUACCAUCAGAGACGUGGAAUGGACCAUCGGCUCGGUACGGACGGAAGACAUCAGCUACCUGGCUGCCUUCAGCGCGAUCCACACUCUACACAUCGUCGGUGUCAUCUUGUCGAGUGCUUCCCAGCUGUCCCAGCUUAUUUCGGCACUCCCGGGGCUUCGGCAUCUACGGUGUGUCAACGUCAGUAGCUCGCAGGCACCGGAAGUCCUCUCAGCCCGCCUCCCACUGAACUCUGCGGAUUUGGAGGUCAUCGACGUGCGAUGGGUUGCACCAGCAGUCGAAGACCUGUUCGAUAACGUCUUGGGACGAUUGGACAGCAUUCUGCAGGAGAAGCGCUUCUUCAGUAGCGUUGCGCCGUGCGGUGUCUGUCUAGGCUUUUACCAUCAGAACAGCACCUGGAGGUCUUGCGCAGAGCUCCAAAUCGGGACGGAUACAAGACUCCAGGAACAGUCCGAUCGAUGGGAUGAGCUCGUGAGGCGGAAGAUGCCCCUCUCGCAUGAACGGGGUGUCCUGGUCACCAUGUAUGACAUGGAAGAUUUCCGCGGCUGGAUGCAGGACAUGGAUAGGAUAUGUACCGGCGCGCCAGCCGAGCAGACGAAUGUCGAAGGGGAAGCGCAGCCCGACGAUCAAGAUGAUGAACCUGGUCCUCUAGGCGACAUGGAUUGACAGCCUUGCGACCCUACGUACUCGCUCAUACCAUUGCAUAGAG